AUGGCCUCGCGACGGCGGCGUCGCAACGCCGAAGCGGGCAAGCAAAAACGCCGCAACAUGGCCAAGCAAGCGCGGCAGGCCAAGCAGACGCAGACGGCGAUCCAGAUGAUGCUCACCGGGCAGCAGGUCAAGCCCGACAAGGCCAAGAAGAUGGGCCUCGUCGACGCGGUCGUGGACCCCAACGCGCUCGAGCGGUCGGCGAUCGCCACUGCGCUCGACGCUGCUUCCGGCAAGACGAAGCCGCGCCAGCGCAAGCUCGGCUGGAUGGACUGGUUCCUCGAGAAGACGCCGCCAGGCCGCAAGCUGCUCUUCGACCAGGCGACCAAGGCGAUGCUCAAGCAGACGAAGGGCAACUACCCGGCGCCGCCCGAUCCUCGAGCGGGCCUCGAGGCGGGGCACACGGCAGGCUCCACCGUCGAGCGGCAGCUCUUCGGCAAGCUCGCCGCGACGUCUGAGUCCGCCGCGCUGCGCGGCAUCUUCUUCGGCGCGACCGCCGCCAAGAAGAACCCUGCCUCUCCCUCUCCUCUACGGCCGUACCCCUCUCAACAGGUGGAGACGAUUGGCGUCCUCGGCGCCGGGCUCAUGGGCGCGGGCAUCGCGGAGGUGUCGAUCGGCAAGAACUUGCGCGCCUCGCGGCUCGUCGGGCUCACCGACGGCUCGCCCGCGUGGAAGAAGCACUUUGCGGGCGCCGACAUGGCCAUCGUCGGCCCGCACUGCAUCAUCGCCUCAAACACGUCUACCCUGCCGAUCGGCGAGAUCGCGUCGGUCGCGCAGCGGCCGGAGAACAUCGUGGGCAUGCACUACUUUUCGCCCGUGCCAAAGAUGCCGCUGCUCGAGGUCAUCACGCACGACAAGACCGCGCCCGCCGUCGCCGCCGCCGCCGUCGAGCACGUAGGCAAGACGGUGAUCGCGGUCAAGGACGUGCCCGGCUUCUACGUGAACCGCUGCCUCGGCCCCUUCCUCACGGAGGCGAUGGCGCUCACGCAGCAGGGCGCCGACCCGCUCGCGAUCAACUCGGCGCUGCUCGACUUUGGGAUGCCCGUCGGCGGCGUGACGCUCUGCGACGAGGUCGGGAUCGACGUGUCGCGCCACGUCGUCAACAACCUGAUCGGCGACCAGGCCAAGGGCUACCUCGGCGCGUGGAGCCCUGGGAGAGCCGCUGAGCCGACGCGAGGUGUGCGCAUGGAGGGCGCCGACUUGCGUAUGCUCGACCGGUUCGUCGAGGAGGAAGACACUGUGUCUGAAGAGCUAUAUUUAUAUCGAGACCUCUAG